UGCGCCUAUUGUGUUUCGGUGUGCACUUCCACUGCAGUGGGCCAAUGGGCUUUACAGAGAAGGCAAAAACUAAAAUAAAAUAAUUUAGAUUAAAAAAAAUAACGUCCGCGUCUGAUAACUUGUAAGAGCAAUGUUUAUUUUGACGCUAAAGAAACCCGUUUGGGUGCAGCUUGUGGUAUUGUUGUCCUGGAUGGAUUUAUACCGCGGCCAGAUCGUCUAUUCAGUGUCGGAAGAAGUGAAUACGGGAACUGUCAUUGGGAAUAUAAUCAAAGAUCUGAAUCUCAACAUUCAGCAACUGGAAUCACGCAUGUUUCAGAUUAUAUCGGGGAACAGCAAGAGAUAUUUCGAGGUAAAUCCUAAAACCGGCGUAUUAUUUGUUGUCGAUCGCAUCGAUAGAGAAGAGCUGUGUCUAGAUGCUUUGAAAUGUUCCCUUAAUUUGGAAGCAAUUGCACACAAUCCGCUCAGUCUUCAUAGUGUUGAAAUAAAUAUUUUAGAUGUGAAUGAUAACCUUCCGUUAUUUCCUGUCAGAGAUCAUUCGAUAAACAUUUUUGAAAAUGGAUUUCCCGGAGAUAGGUUUCCCCUUCCCCUGGCUCGUGACGCAGAUGCGGGGGGCAAUGGACUAAAGAGCUACAAGCUAAAUGCUAAUGAACAUUUCUCAUUGGAUGUACAGAACAACGGAGAUCGGAGUGUGUCGGCCGAGUUGGUGCUACAGAAAGCUUUAGAUAGAGAAAAACAGCCUGUGAUUCAGCUUCUAUUGACCGCUAUUGACGGAGGAAAGCCUCAGAGAACUGGCACGCUGCAAAUUAUUGUUACUGUGCUGGACACCAAUGACAACAAUCCAGUGUUUCCCCAAACUGUCUACAAAGUUAGUGUUAAAGAGAAUAUUCCGCAUGGCACAAGAAUAAUGAGUUUAAAUGCAACAGAUAUAGAUGAAGGUGUAAAUGGAGAAAUCGUCUAUUCUUUUGUGGAACAUGGAAAUGUUAAAUCUUUGGAUAUGUUUUCAAUUAAUUCGGAGACGGGUGAGAUAAAUAUUAAGGGAAAUAUUGACUAUGAGGAAAGUGCUGCUAUUGAAAUCCGAGUACAGGCGAAAGAUAAAGGCCACCCACCGCGCGCUACUCAUUGUAAAGUACUUAUUGAAGUCAUUGAUGUCAAUGAUAACGCUCCGGAGAUUUCAGUGACAUUAAUAACCAGCGCGGUGAGAGAGGACGCAAAAAUCGGAACAGCGGUGGCUUUGAUAACGGUGUCGGACAAAGACGGAGGCAAAAAUGGAGCUGUAACCUGUCGUGUUACAGACUCUCCAUCGUUUAGGCUUCAGCAAUCUUACAAGAACUAUUAUUCACUAUUAGUCGACCAGCCGCUAGACAGAGAGAGCACUCCUCAAUACAAUGUCACCAUUAUAGCUACUGAUGAGGGGUCCCCGCCUCUGUCCAACUUCAGCAUCAUUACUGUAUUUAUUUCUGAUGUAAAUGACAACGCGCCACGCUUCCCUGAGCAGCAUCUUAACAUUUAUUUAAAAGAGAACAGUCCAGUUGGCGAUAUUUUAAAAACCGUAACUGCUUAUGAUACCGAUUCAAAUGAAAAUGCUCGAAUUACGUAUUCAUUAUUGGACAGUAACAGUAAAGGGCUUCCGGUUUCUUCUGCAGUAAACGUGAACUCCGUCACUGGGGAUAUAUACAGCAUGCGGACUUUUAACCACGAAGAGGAAAAAACUUUCAGUUUUCAAAUCCAGGCCACGGAUUCUGGUGACCCCCCACUAAGCAGUAAUGCGACUGUAUACGUUUUUAUAGUGGAUGAGAACGACAACAGUCCUCAGAUUCUCCCACCUUAUUCGGACCAGGGAUCCGUAAAUACAGAGAGCAUUCCUUACACUGCUGAAGCGGGAUACUUUGUGGCCAAGAUCAGGGCUGUGGACUUACAGUCCUCCUACAAGAAUUAUUAUUCUUUGGUAGUUGACGGGCCGCUGGAUAGAGAAACAGUGUCUCAGUAUAACGUCACCAUUAAAGCGACUGAUGAAGGAACUCCGCCUCUCUCUGUCGCUAAAAUUAUUACAGUGGACGUUUCUGAUGUAAACGACAACGCGCCGAGAUUUUCAGAUUCGCAGCUCAAUGUAUUUUUUAAAGAGAGCAACCCAGUUGGGUCUCAUAUUUUAACUGUGUUUGCGUUCGACGCUGAUGCCCAAGAAAACGCUCAAGUUACGUAUUCAUUGAUGAACAGCAACAACAAAGAAGUUCUGACUAAUCCCAUAGUCAGCAUCAACUCUGCAACUGGGGAUAUAUACAGCGUGCAGAUCUUUGACUAUGAGGAUGUAAAAACCUUCCAUUUUCGUGUUCAGGCAACAGACUCUGGUGUCCCUCCACUAAGCAGUAAUGUGACUGUGAACCUUUUCAUAUUUGACAUGAAUGACAACAGUCCUCAGAUUCUCCCGCCCUACUCUGAUCCAGGCUCUGUAAAUACUGAAAGAAUUUCCUACUUCGUGGAAGCGGGAUACUUUGUGGCCAAAAUCAGGGCUGUGGACGCUGACUCGGGUUAUAAUGCUCUACUUUCUUAUCACAUCGCAGAAUCCAAGGAAAACAAUCUUUUCAGAAUUGGAAGCAGUACUGGGGAGAUUAGGACCAGAAGGCGAAUGAGUGACAAUGACUUGAGAAUCCACCCACUGGUCAUUUUAGUUUCUGACAGCGGAGAUCCUUCUCUGUCAUCGACGGUGUCUAUGGAUGUUGCGGUUGUUGAAAGUACUGGGGAAGUCCGGACUCAGUUUAAAGAACGGCCAAAGAAGGACAACAGCUUUUCUGUUUUAAAUCUAUACUUGGUUAUUGCUAUUGUGUCUGUGUCGAGGCCGAUGGGAUCAGUGUUAAUGGAGCAGAUACUUUUAAACGGAACCAAACGCUACCCAUGA